AUGGAAUACAAAAGCGCAGGUCUGACGAUGCUUUCAGCGUCUGAACGUUACCGUCCAGUCGUGCCAGUGGUUAGUCGAGAAGUAGUAUUGAACAGUUAUUCUUGGGAGGCUUACAUAGAAAAAAUCUUGAAAAAUCUGAAUGAAAAGAAUGAUAUUGCUGCUCACUGUCCUGCUUAUUUCGUUCCAGUGCAUUAUUUCUACCAGGCGCCUUUUGCUGAGUAUAUGCAAUAUAUCGAUAGAUCAGUGAAAGUUGAAGUGACACUAUACGGUGACUACAAUCACAAUUCAGACUUCCUCAAGUUGUACUGGUUUGCUCGAGUCAUGAGAGUUAGAAUGUAUGGAAAAGAAUGUGAACAGAGUGAUUUUUGGGUCAAUAUCGGUUCUAAAGACAUUAAACCUGUUGGUUAUUGUGCAGAGAAUCCCGAAAGCCUAGCUUUAGUCCCACCAGAAGCGAUUCAUGAUCAGGUUGAAGAUUGGUCAGAAUUCAUUCUUCAUCAAAUACAUGCUUAUAGAACACUUGCUUUGAAUUGGCCUGAAGUACAAGUCCGAAAGCUCCAUCUUUCCAAAUUUAAGAAAGGGGAUCAUAUGGAACUAUUAGAUUCUUUGCUUUCUAAUCGAGUGAGACCAGCUUAUGUAAAAGACGUUAUUGGCAGUCGAAUAUGUGUUAUCGCUAAUGGGAUGUAUCUCAAACAUUCAGAGACCGCUGAAGGAAGUGAUUUUCAACUUACUGAAGGAGUCUGGAUGGAUCAAGACUCUCCCUUAAUUUUUCCAGUUGGAUGGGCACUGAAAGUUGGCUAUAAUUUGAUGGCAGAUGAAGAAUAUUUUAAGCAUGCAAAAGAAGUGGCACACGCAUGGAAAUUAGAUUCAAAUAACAUUCCAUAUGCUGAGUGGGAUGCGCAUCUGUCAUUAUUCAAAAUAUAUAGUAUCGAAGAAGUAAAAAAGGAAAUAUUUUGGAAACCGGGAAUGAAAGUAGCAACUGUACUUGAUAUUUUGGAUGAUGGCUUCCUCAAAAUUGGUUUUGACGGUGAUGACAUUGAAGAUACUGUCCCGCUACAUUACACUUCAGAUUUGCUGUUUCCGGUUGGUUACGCUGAAAAAUAUGGAAUACUAUUGAAAGGGCCAAAGAAUAUAGAAAUAUUUGACUGGAAGAAUUAUUUAGAACAAUGUCAACAAAUUGCUGCACCGGAGGAAUUGUUCCUCUCAUUUAAUGAAGAAGCAGUCAGCAAUUUUGCGAUCGGAUCGAAAUUGGAAGCAACAGAUAUGUGUGAACCGCACUUAAUAUGUCCGGCUACAAUAGCAUCACAUCAUGGACGUCUUUUACGAGUAAAAUAUGAUGGCUGGGAUGAAAGCUAUGACCAGUUAUUUGAUUACAGGUCGGCUAACAUUUUUCCUAUCGGAUGGUGUGAAAUGCAUUGCUACAAGCUUGAAGCGCCUGAAAGUUCAAACAUGACUCCUGAAUACGGGAGUGAUGAUGAUGGGGAUCAGAUAAGCAGUACAUGA